AGGAGGAGGGAGGGGACGGGAGCCCUAGAGUCCCGGGCCCAGCGUCGUGAAGACGUCCACAAAGUUUCCUUGUCCUCCACGGACGCGCGAGCGCGGGCCAAGGUCCCUGGUGAUCCCGUGUCUGCCCCAGCCGAGCGGCCGCAUCGCUCUGCGGAGCCACGGAUAUUGAGUGUUACUGAGCUGAACAGCUGGGAAGAUCCAUCCACAUCAUGAACCGUGCUUUCAGCAGGAAGAAAGACAAAACAUGGAUGCAUACGCCUGAAGCAUUAUCAAAACAUUACAUUCCCUAUAAUGCAAAGUUUCUUGGCAGUACCGAAGUGGAGCAGCCGAAGGGAACAGAAGUUGUGAGAGAUGCUGUGAGGAAGCUGAAGUUUGCAAGACACAUCAAGAAAUCUGAAGGCCAGAAGAUUCCUAAAGUUGAGUUGCAAAUAUCAAUAUAUGGAGUAAAGAUCCUCGAACCCAAAAGCAAGGAAGUUCAACACAACUGCCAGCUUCAUAGAAUAUCAUUUUGCGCAGAUGAUAAAACUGACAAGAGGAUAUUCACUUUCAUAUGCAAAGAUUCCGAGUCAAAUAAACAUUUGUGUUAUGUAUUUGACAGCGAAAAGUGUGCUGAAGAAAUAACAUUAACAAUUGGCCAAGCAUUUGACCUGGCAUACAGGAAAUUUCUAGAAUCUGGAGGUAAAGAUGUGGAAACAAGAAAACAGAUUGCCGGAAUGCAGAAAAGAAGCAGCAGAGGCAGCAGAUGCUGGAUCCAAGAUUUAGAAACAGAAAAUAUGGAACUUAAAAAUAAGGUACAAGAUUUAGAAAACCGGUUGAGAAUAACUCAAGUGUCAUCCUCUCCAGCCAGCAAUAUGACAGUGAAGUCUCCUUCCACUGACAUCUUUGAUAUGGUACCAUUUUCCCCAAUAUCACAGCAGUCUCCAACCCCUGCUCGCAAUGGCACACAGCUCCCACCAGUACCCAGCAGAUCUACUGAGAUCAAACGGGACCUUUUUGGAGCUGAACCUUUUGACCCAUUUAACUGUGGAGCAGGGGACUUCCCUCCAGAUAUUCAGUCCAAAUUAGAUGAGAUGCAGGAGGGGUUCAAAAUGGGACUAACCCUUGAAGGCACGGUAUUUUGUCUCGACCCGUUAGACAGCAGGUGCUGACAUCAAGAAUGAGUGAUCCAGACUUAACACUUAAUUUGUUUAUAUACCUAUGUAUAUCAUUCAUUAGUUUAAGACAGUUAUCAUACUGUGCCAAUAUAUUUUUAAAUAUCUAAAUGUUUUUAAAUCUGUUGAAGUAAAAAUCUCCUUACUUUCACUCUUGAUUUAUUACUUACUUUAGGCAGAACUUAGUGUAAUGUAUAUUGGACUUUUAUGUUCUCUUUUGUGUUAUGACUGAAUUUUAUUGAAAGACAAUUUUUUUCUAAAUAUCUGACUUGUCUGUGUUCUAAAUAAUCAUCAAUUGAAAUUUAUGUUCAUUCUCCAGUCCAUUAGUUCAUUACCCUUGUCCCAAAGCCAUACUUUGAUAUCUUUCAAAUUUCUGAAAAGAGAGACAAAUGUCAAACUAUACAUAUUCUAUUUUGAUACCAGUAAACAGCCUACCAGUCAUUAGAGAGAUGUCAUUUUGUGUAUAAAAUGUUCAUCUCAUCAUGAAAAUCUAAAAUUUGGCUAUUAUGCUACCACCUUAUGAAAUUCUACCUGAUAAAGUAAGAAUAUAAGUUCCAAUAGUAAUUAUAUAAAAUAUAUUUAGAAUAUGAAUAAAUAUGAAAUAAUAACAUCAGUCUUUUAAAUUAUAUUCUAAAAAAUGUUCAAUUUGUCUCUAAAGUAACAGUUGUGGGGGGAAAUGCCUUCCCUGAAAAAUUUAAAAUUUUAUUUCUAAUGUGUUGUCAUAUUAGUAUCACAUUGGGCCAACAUCUGAUCUGAUACAUUAAGAAAUGAAAUGUAUGCUUGCAAUAGAUGUAAUGCCUACUGUCUAUUCUUAUUUUACCAAUAUUUUUCAGAUAUUCUGUGAUAUGUUAUUUCUCUUACCAACAUUACAACUUCCAUUAGUUUUGAUACUUUGAAAUUUCUGAGAGGUGUUCUAUUUAAAUUUAAGAAUAUUUAACAAUUUAAAUUUUAAUUUGCUGUGUUAAAGUCAGAAUAUACUUUUCACAGAAAUUUCUCUUCAGUUUCUAAUGAGGUUUAAUAAGGAUCAGGGUAAACAAUUAGGCCGAACAGAUGUUUAUUUCAGGGAGAGAUAACUUACAACCUAGACAGAUGAACACCAGCAGGUUCCACAGGAUGCUCUCUUCUCAGCAUCCCCCAGCAAGAGAGCAAUCCCUGGCUCCUUUUCGGACCUAAUUCCACUGGUCACUUCCGCCCCUGGCUCCACCCCCAAUGGGCGUGGUCAGUGCCACAGAAGGAGACAAAGUGAAUAUCCCACUACAAGUUUCAUUUUGAAUAUGAGCAAUAAAAUUCUCUAGUACUCAUUCUGUUAUGUUGUUGAACCCUGACCCUUGAAAACAUAUGCUUCCAAUAUAUUUGCCCAUGUUGUAAAAUACUAACGGUAGUAGUGCAUAUUAAAAUGGUCAAAUUUCUAACGUGAUUUAUCACAAUAUAAGAAAAUAAAGUAAGAAAAUUCUGGGCUUAUCUAUGGGAAAUUUGUCAACACUAGAUUUUUACUUAUGGAGUUUUAUGCAGCUGUUAAGAGUACGUUUUCAUUAGGAACAGAAAUCAAAUAUACUCAUUAUAUUUGUACUAUCAUGUUUUGUGGUAUAGCUGUGCCUUUCUGUUUACAUUCUGUUAUACUUGCUAAGUUAAACCUUAAUUAGUGGGUAAUAUGUGUUCCAUCAGGAAGUCCUUACUGUUCUAUUUGUCAGAUAGUAUUUUGGAAUUUGUAUAAUGAGGAUGUUUAGAAGCCAUCUAAUUGGCUUUUUUUUUAAACAGAUAGAGUUUGUAUUUUUAUUGUACUUUAAAAAGCUUUAUGUACUGGGUAUAUAUUUAGAAAACAUUUAUUAUCAAUUGUAACACAAUAGAGUACUAAAAUGAUAUUUGCACAUUUAAGAUAUGUUACUUACCAAGUUUUAAUGGUGAUUGGUUCUGCUACUGGCAUGAUCAAAUAGUACAUAAUUGGUCAUUAAUAUGAACAUUUACUUCACCAGUGAAUUUUUAUGAAGACAUGAUUGGAAAUUGUAUUUCUAUGUAAACUCAAUGAUAUGUUUGAUUUUACUGAGAAUAAAAGAUUUUAAAUAAAUUAAA